GGGGCCAAGUGCCCCUCAACUGAAUAAAUUUUGAGAGGAUCUUAUAAUGCUGUUACAGGCCAUGUUUAAUAAAAAUCCAUCAAGUGGUUCAUUAGAAAAUGUUGUUUAAAUGUAUUUCUAAUUUUAGCUGUUGCAGCCCUUAAAAGGGUCCAGUGCUCCCAUCUGAACAAAACUGGGAGAGGACCAUAUAAUGAUGCUAAAGAUCCAUCAAGCAGUUCAAGAGACAGUGCGAUUUAAUAUGCCCAUCUUUGGGGUAUAAAUCUUUCAAUGAGUUAUUCUUUUACAAAGGUAAGUAACAAGUGACUCACUAAACCUGAUUCAUUGUUCGAGUUAUCCUUCUGUUAAAACAGAAAGAGGAAGUGAAAAUCAAACAUUCCAUAAAACUAUAAAUAUAGACAUUAUCUAAUCAGUCUAGAAAUCAAAGAAUUUGAAGAAAUUUAAUUACAGAUUUGCUGACUUCAUACCAAACAAAGAAUGUUUCAACAACCGGGUUAUAUGGAGAAUGUGUCACUGAGACUAUCAGAGGUUCUUGCUGAUACAGGAGUGGAUGAGAGGAUUGUUCAGAAAAGAAGAAGAACAUGGCUGCUUAGGGAAUCUAUGUUAACAAUAUCAAUACAACUACGGGAUGGGAAUGCUUCAGAAUACUUCUUAGGCAGUCAGAGUGAGGGAACCACUACACUUGGACUAGACUCAGACUUUGACCGACUUAUCUGUAUUAAUGACAUUAACGUGAUACAGGACUGGGCUGACUGGGAACCUGGUAAACCAAAUUACUUGAUGAUCCAGGAUGAGACUGUAUCAUCUGGUUACUGUCUGCUACAACGACUGAGAGAUGAUGCUCCUCUUCCUGCCAAUAAUGUACAUAAUAAAAACCAUUUAAGAGACAGAACAGGAAGAAUAUUGCUAAAGAACAAAAUCAUGUCAGCAAUAGGAGAUGAUGUUAUUGAGGGAGGAGUAAGACAUGGUCCAGCAUAUGCACAACAAGGACAACCUGGGUUUAAGGAUAUUGACACUGUUGUUAGUUUACCCUGUAAAUCAUGGGCUCUACAAGCUAGACAAUGGUUAGACCAGCAAGGUGUAGGUCAGUGGCCUUCAGAUCACACAAAGAGAUAUUGUAGCAGUACUGGAUGUUCAGUUGUUGGUGUUGGAAGGAGUGAAAAUGAAGAGUUUGAAUGGAGAAUAUCAACAUCUCUAGCAGAAAGGUGUUUAAUGUUUAAUCUCAAUAUUACACAGAUUCGGUGUUAUGUCUUGAUGAAGAUGAUAUUAAAAACCUACAUCAAGCCACACUUUGAAGACACUAUUUCAAGUUUCAUGUGUAAAACAGUACUGUUUCACUGUAUUGCUAAUACACAUUCUUAUGUCUGGAGAGAAAAUAACUUACUUGUUUGUCUAUCAUUGUGUUUAUUUGUCCUGUGCAACUGUAUUCUGAAUGAAAAUUGUCCUCAUUUUAUCAUACCUGGAAACAAUUUGAUGAGAGGACAUAUUUCUCAUGAAUCUAAACCUUACAUGCUUGAAAUACUGCAGUAUAUUAUAAACAGCAAAGGGAGAGCAUUACUGGAGAUUGAAUGUGAUGAUCUUGGUACAAGGCUUCAGCUGAAGAUGAGUAAUUUGCUCUUUGAGUUUGAUAUCAAAGAGAGUGACAUUAUUUCAGGGCAGUUAUUAGAAUUAACUGCAUGGUUUAUUGAUGAGAUCAUGCUGAACUGUCUGACUUUAAUUACAAACAGUAGCUAUAAAGAAGCUAUACAAACAUUGCUGAAAUAUAUUUUCAAAGUAGUCAUUAUUUCUAAUCAAUGCCAAAGAUUGGACAAAACAGCUUGCAGCCUUCUGGCAUCACAUUUCUGUACAACCCUGGGAUCUAUCCUUGCAUCCCUGAACAUUCAACAGUACAAUGCUAUAUCGGCAGAAGCUCUCACCUGGAUCUCACUGGGUCUGAACACAGAUGUUGCAUCUAGUAAAUUGAAGCUUGCAUCCAUGUUUUACUGUGUAGGGGAUGCUCAAAGAACAGAAAUUGUUCUCAGAGAUAUUGAAGGAAACUAUGAUCUAAACAUUGUUGAACCUAUCUGUAGGUGUUAUGAAUUUAUCCAUCAACCUUCAAGAAAAGGAUUCAAUGCAAUAUGUGACAAUCAUAAUGAAGAAGCUAUACAGCACACUACAGCCUUCUGUGUCAAAUUUCUGCCAUGUGAAAUUAACUGUGUUCCACAUGAACUAAGACAUGAAAUGUUUAGAUCUACACAAGAGAACCUGCCUUUAAGAGGUAGGCAUGAUAAGCCGAUGAACUUUGUGGUGGUAGAUUCUCUCCCUUACCUCUACUUUUUACAAUACAAGGCCUACAGCAAUCUUGGGAGACAGGAAGAUAAACAAAGAACUCUUUCCAACCUUGUGAGAACCAUUGACCAGGAACCAAACCUUGCACACAGGGAAACAGCUUUGAAUCUACUGGGACAGUGUAUGGAACAAGAGGAUCGAGCUAGAGAUGCUUUACAUUGUUAUUUAUUGUCCCUAAAUCAAAGGGAGAGAAACAAUGCUGCCACAUUCCAUAUCUAUAGACUGCUGUCUAUUUUGGGCAAUGGCCAUUAGUUUAAAAAGAACAAACAACUUGUUUGACAAGUAAUUGGAGAAUAUCAAUACAUUGCAAUAUUUAAGUAUACUUGUACAAGUGAUGUAUCCAACAGUUUUAAUGAAAUGACUGUGACUCACUGUGUGAUAAAAUGAAAUCGAACACAUUUCUGUUAAAAAAAAAAAAAGACCAAUACUGUAUCACCAUCAAAUUCAUUUAGAAAGACUGAACUGUAUAUAAAAUUUUGCUUGAAAGUUUGUUUUUGAUUAAUUACAACUGGCAAAUA